AUGAAUGAAUUUACAAAGAAUCGAGUUCGGGGUUUUCUAUUGGAUGUUACGGGUGUUCUUUAUAAUGGUUCAGAGGAUGGUUGUGGUACUGUUAUACCAGGUUCAGUUGAAGCUGUUGAAAGAUUGUAUCGUGAAAGUAUGGUAAGAUUUGUCACAAACGAAAGCACAUUAGGUCGUGAAGGGCUGGCUGCAAAACUAUCCAAUCUAGGUUUUAGAAUUGACCCAAGUCAUUUGAUAAUACCUUUGGAUGUCGCUAAAUAUUAUCUAAGAAAGAAUAAUCUCAGGCCGCAUUUACUUGUGCAUAGAAAUUUGCGAAAUCAUCUGGAUGAUAUCGAUCAAAAUUCUCCAAACUGUGUUUUAGUUGGUUACGCUAGGGAUGAUUUCACAUAUGAAGCAAUGAAUUCAGCAUUUCAAAUUUUAAUGAGCCUUAAAGAGCCAUUAAUUGUAUCGCUUGGAUGCGGGAAGUUUUAUCGUCGAGCUGAAGGAUUUAAUCUAGAUGUUGGCAGUUUUGUAAAAGCUUUGCAAUACGCAACUGAUGCUGAAGUUGUAAUUAUCGGGAAGCCCACAAAAAGUUUUUUUAUGUCGGCUGUUGAGGAUAUGAAACUUCAAACAGAUGAAGUCGUAAUGAUCGGUGAUGAUAUUGUAACAGAUAUUGGUGGUGCUCAAAAUGCUGGAAUAAAAGGUGUUCAAGUUCAAACGGGAAAAUGGAGAUCGGAGUGGAUGGAUCAUAAAAUAAAGCCCGAUUUAAUAGCAAAUAAUUUAAAAGAAGCUGUUGAUAUAAUUUUAUUAAAUAACUCCUCAUAA